CAGAGGGGGGCGCUGACUUCCCCCGAUUACUAACACGCCGCGACUGGCCCACUGCCUCCCCUGCCCCCGGGCGCCCGCGAUAGCCGCUCCCAACCUUUCCCACCUUUUUCCCACCACCGAAGGUCAUAUUUCCCUUGUUCAUCCCUCACAGGACCAUAGGAAGACACAAAAAUGGGUCGCCGUCCCGCUCGUUGCUACCGUUACCAGAAGAACAAGCCGUACCCCAAGUCGCGGUUCUGUCGUGCGGUCCCUGACCCGAAGAUCCGCAUCUUCGACUUGGGUCGUAAGAAGGCUGGCGUCGACGAGUUCCCCUGCACGGUCCACCUCCUUUCCGAUGAGUACGAGCAGAUCUCCUCCGAGGCGCUUGAGGCUGCCCGUAUCACGGCCAACAAGUACAUUGUGAAGAUGUCUGGAAAGGACUCGUUCCACAUGCGUGUGCGUGUCCACCCUUUCCACGUCAUUCGUAUCAACAAAAUGUUGUCUUGCGCUGGUGCCGAUAGGUUGCAACAGGGUAUGCGUGGCGCUUUCGGCAAGCCCCAAGGCACCGUCGCCCGUGUCGACAUUGGCCAAGUGCUCAUGUCCGUGCGCACCAAGGACGCCAACAAGGCCGUGGUCUCGGAAGCUCUGCGCCGUGCCAAGUACAAGUUCCCUGGACGCCAGCGUAUCCUCGUGUCCAACAAGUGGGGCUUCACCAAGCUGACCCGCGAGCAGUACGUUGAGGCCCGCCAGGCUGGAAACCUCCAGCCUGAUGGGUGCUAUGUCAAGUACCUUGCGCCUAAGGGACCCUUGAGCGCUUACUUUAGGCGUCAGGAGAAGCUUGCUGCGUAAAAAGGAGGGGGUGUUUGAAGAACUUCUUUUUUUUUGUGUAGAAAAAUAUGACGAAUGAAUGUGACUUGCCUACGA